AUCUCGCGAGCGUUUCUUCCUCAGCGACUCCCCUCCUCAUCCUUUAAGCCAAGAGUUCUCUGCUCCAGGGACUGAGGUGACUCUGCUUUGCCUGUGUCCCCCCCACCCCCGUCUCGGGUGCCUGGAGGUUCCCCGAGAGGACGCCGGGUCACCACAGAAGACAAAAAUGGUGAGUUUGCGACCAGGGCUGAAGGCACGCGUCACCACCCGCCUUGGGGCCUGGUGCCCGGGUGAGCUGGGGAGCGCAGCGGAGUCGUGGCCCUGUCCCUUGGCCUCGUGGGAUCUCAGUAACCUUUGAGGAUGUGGCUGUGAACUUCAUGCAGGAGGAGUGGGAUUUGCUGGAUGCUUCCCAGAAGAACCUUUACAGAGAUGUGAUGCUGGAAGUCCUCAGAAACCUGGCAUCUAUAGGAAACAAAUGUGAUGAGAAGAACAUUGAAAAUCAGAUCAAAAAUUUUGGGAGCAAUCUAAGGCAGAUCACAUCUCACUAUGGACCCGAAUGCUACAAGCAUGAAGAAUGUGAAGAGAAGCCAUGUGAAUUGAAACAAUACAGAAAAUCUCUGGUUUCUCUCAAAAGUGUUCACACACAAAUGUUAACACAAACUGGAGAUGGACCCUAUGAAAGUACAGUAUGUGGGAAAGUCAUCAGUUGUUUGAAUGACAUUCAAAGGCAUGAAGAUUCUCAUACUGGGUGGCAACCUGAUGAAUGUCAACAAUGUGAUGAAGCCUCAUCUUCUCCCACAGAUGUUCAAAGACACACAAAAACACAUAGGGGAGGUAAAGCUUUUCAAUGUGAGGUAUGUGGGAAAGCCUUUCAUUCCCCCACUUUAUUUAGAAAACAUGAAAGAACUCAUUCUGGAAUGAAACCCCAUGAGUGUAAAGAAGGUGGUAAAACCUUGGUUUCACCCACAAGUCUUCACAGUCACAUGAUCACGCACACUGGGAAAGAACUUUUUAAAUGUAAUGUAUGUGGGAAAGACUUUGCUUACCGAAGUUUAUUUAGAAUACAUCAGAGAAAACAUACUAGAGAGAAACCCUAUGAAAGUCAACAAUGUGGAAAAGCCUACACUACUUUGUCUUACCUUCAGAUGCAUGAACAAAUCCAUACUGAUGAGAAGACCAAUGAAUGCCAACAAUAUGGAAAAGUCUUCACUACUUCUUUAUCCCUUGACAGACAUGGACGAACGCAUACUGGAGAGAAGCCCUAUCGAUGUCAACAAUGUGGAAAAGCCUACACUACUUCAUCUUACCUUCGGAUACAUGAACAAAUCCAUGCUGGAGAGAAGCCCAAUGAAUGCCAACAAUGUGAAAAAGUCUUCACUACUUCUUCUUCCCUUCACAAACAUGAACGGACGCAUACUGGAGAGAAGCCCUAUGAAUGUAAGCAGUGUGGCAAAGCCUUCACUCAGUCCACUCACCUUCACUCACAUGAAAAAACUCAUACUGGGGAGAAGCCCUAUGAAUGUCAACAAUGUGGGAAAGCCUUCAGUACUUCUUCCUACCUUCAGAUACAUGUGCGGACUCAUAGUGGGGAGAAGCCCUAUGAAUGUAAGCAGUGUGGGAAAGCUUUUGCUCAAUCGUCUAACCUUCACUCACAUAAAAAAACUCAUAUGAAAAAGAAACCCUAUGAAUGUCAACAAUGUGGGAAAGUCUGCACUAGUUUGUGUUACCUUCAGAGACAUGAACAAAUCCAUACUGGAAUGAAGACCAAUGAAUGCCAACAAUGUGGAAAAGUCUUCACUACUUCUGCUUCCCUUCACAGACAUGAACGGACGCAUACUGGAGAGAAGCCCUAUGAAUGUAAGCAGUGUGGGAAAGCCUUUAGUACUUCUUCCUACCUUCAGAUACAUGUGCGGACUCAUAGUGGGGAGAAGCCCUAUGCAUGUCAACAAUGUGGGAAAGCCUUCAGUACUUCUUCCUACCUUCAGAUACAUGUGCGGACUCAUAGUGGGGAGAAGCCCUAUGAAUGUAAGCAGUGUGGCAAAGCUUUUGCUCAAUUGUCUAACCUUCACUCACAUAAAAAAACUCAUACGAAAAAGAAAACCUAUGAAUGUCAACAAUGUGGGAAAGCCUGCACUAGUUUGUCUUACCUUCAGAGACAUGAACAAAUCCAUACUGGAGAGAAGACCAAUGAAUGCCAACAAUGUGGAAAAGUCUUCACUACUUCUUCUUCCCUUCACAGACAUGAACGAACGCAUACUGGAGAGAGGCCCUAUCAAUGUCAAAAAUGUGGAAAAGCCUACAGUACUUCAUCUUACCUUAAGAUACAUGAACAAAUCCAUGCUGGAGAGAAGCCCAAUGAAUGCCAACAAUGUGGAAAAGUCUUCACUACUUCUUUUUCCCUUCACCAACAUGAACGAACUCAUACUAGCGAGAAGCCCUAUGAAUGUAAGCAGUGUGGCAAAGCCUUCAGUACUUCUUCCUACCUUCAGAUACAUGUGCGGACUCAUAGUGGGGAGAAGCCCAAUGAAUGUCAACAAUGUGGGAAAGCCUUCAGUACUUCUUCCUACCUUCAGAUACAUAAGCGGACUCAUACUGGGGAGAAGCCCUAUGAAUGUAAGCAGUGUGGCAAAGCCUUCACUAUGUCCUCUAAACUUCAUAGACAUGAAAAAACUCAUACUGGGGAGAAGCCCUAUGAAUGUCAACAAUGUGGGAAAGCCUUCAGUACUUCUUCCUACCUUCAGAUACAUAAACGGAUGCAUACUGGAGAGAAGCCCUUUGAAUGUAUGCAGUGUGGCAAAGCUUUUGCUCUAUCGUCUAGCCUUCACUCACAUAAAAAAACUCAUACAAAAAAGAAACCCUAUGAAUGUCAACAAUGUGGGAAAGUCUUCACUACUUCUUCUAACCUUCACAGACAUGAACAAAGGCAUACUGGAGAGAAGCCUUAUGAAUAUCAACAAUGUGCAGAACCCCUUGGCACAUCCAGUAAACCUCAUAUACAUGGAAGAAUUCAUGCAGAAGAGAAGCCUAAUGAAUACCAACAAUGUGGAAAAGUCUUUUUCUUGGUCUUUCUUUCACAGACAUGAAGGGACUCACACUCAAGAGAAACCCUAUCAAUGUAUGCAGUCUGCCAAAGCUUUCACUCAGUCCUCUCAUGUUUGCUCACAUGAAUGAACUCAUACUGGAGAGAAGCCCUAUGAAUGUCAACAAUGGGGAAAAGCCGUUGUUAUAUCCCAUCAGCUUCACUUACAUGAACAAACUCAUAUUGCAAAGAAAUUGUACUGAUGAAAACAAUUGGCAAAGCCUUCUUUUAUUACUGUUCUUCUCAUCAACAUAUUGGAAGUUUACUGGAGAAAAAUUCUUUAAAUGUGAAAUGUGGUGGAUCAAUAUUUCUUGUCCCCUUCAAACACACUGCUCACUCUGCUGAAUAUUGUACUGGGGAUUGUACUGCAGAUUUGGUCUGGUGGCCCUCUACCACUGAGACACAUCCUCAUUCUUUUUUAUAUUUUUAAUUUUGAGACAGAGACUUGCUGAGUUCCUUAGGGUUUUUCUAAAAUGCUGAGGCUGGCCUCAAACUUGUGAUCCUUCAGCCUAAGCCUCCCAAGUCACUGGGAUUAAAGGCAUACAUCACCACAUCUGGCUGAAUAACUGUUUAAAUGUGAAAAAAUAUGGCAAAUCAUUCCAUUUUCCCUGUUGUCUUCAAAGCCAUUUCCCUCACUGGAAAACAAACACUCUGAAUGGGAACGAUUUGCUCUACUCUAUCAGCUUCAUGUUCUAGACCUAUUUUUCUUCUCUUUUAUGAAAAUUCUCAUGGAGAGAAGCCCUAUGAAUGUUAAAAAUGUGGGAAAUCUUUUAAUUUUUGCAGUUUAUUUUGACUACUAGAAAGAUUCUUUUGGAAAGAUUCAUGCCAAAAUGAAUAAAUCCUACGCAAGUAAGAAAUACAAAGGGCUCAGAUGUUUUAGUUUUGUUCAGUUGUAUUAAAAAAAAUACUGUAGAAAAUCCUGUGGAUAAGCCAUGUUGGGCAGUACUUAAUUUUGACAGUUUUAUUCAAAGACAUAAAACGAUUUACAUCUGGGCUGGUGAUGUGGCUCAAGCGGUAGCGGGCUCGCCUGACAUUCAUGUGGCCCGGGUUCGAUCCUUAGAACCACAUACAAAGAUGUUGUGUCCGCCUAAAACUUAAAAAUAAAUAAAUAAAUAAAUAUUUUAAAAUUUUUUUUAAAAAGGAUUUACAUCUGGGAAAACCCAUCUGCUAGUUAUCUAUUUAUUUAUUUUGGAUAAAGAAAUUGCAGCAGAAUCAUUACAAUUCUCAUUACACAUAUAUACCACAAUUAUUCAUCUCUGUAUAUAAAGAAUUUUUACACCCAAUUCAUGUCUUUAUACAUGUACUUUGUAUAAUGAUGUCCAUUACAUUCCACCGUCCUUGAUAAUCCUCUGUCCCCUCCUUUUCCCUCCCAGUCCUCUUCCCUAUCUAGAAUUCAUCUAAUCCUUCCAUGCUCCCCCUAUGUACCCCCUAUGAGUCAGCCUCCUUAUAUCAGAGAAAACAUUCAGCAUUUGUUUUUUGGGGAUUGACUAACUUCACUUAGCAUUAUCUUCUCCAGUGCCAUCUAUUUACCUGCAGAUGCCAUGAUUUUAUUUUCUUUUUUAUUGCUGAUUAAACUUCCAUUUUGUAUACAAGGCACUUUUUUUUAAUCCAUUCAUCCUCUGAAGGGCAUCUAGGUUGACUCCACAGUUUAGCUCUUGUGAAUUUUGCUGCUAUAAACAUUGAUGUGGCUGUGUCCCUGUAGUAUGGUGUUUUUAAGUUCUUUGGGUAUAGUCUGAGGAGAGGGAUUGCUUGGUCAAAUGGUGGUUUCAUUCCCAGAUUUCCAAGGAAUCUCUACACUGCUUUCCAAAUUGGCUGCACCAAUUUGAAGUCCCACCAGCAAGGUAAGAGGGUACCUUUUCCCCCGCAUCCUCACCAACACUUAUUGUUGUUUGUCUUCAUAAUAGCUGUCAUUCUGACUGGAGUGAGGUGAUAGGUUAGAGAAGUUUUGAUUUGCAUUUCUCUAAUUGCUAGAGAGGAUAAGCAUUUUUUCUUAUACAGGUUGAUUGAUUGUAUAUUCUCUUCUGAGAAGUGUCUGUUCAUGUCCUUGGCCCAUUUGUUGAUUGGAUUAUUUGUUUUUUUGUUGUUGCUUAGCUUUUCGAGUUCUUUAUAUACAAUAGAGAUUAGUGCUCUGUCUGAUGUGUGAGGGGUAAAAACUUGUUCCCAGGGUGUAGGCUUUCUGUUCACCUCACAAAUUGUUUCUUUUGCUCAGAAGAAACUUUAAAAAGUUCCAUCCCAUUAUUCAUUGUUGGUUUUAAUUCUUGGGCUAUAGGAAGUUGCGGCCUAAUCCCACAUGAUGAAUAUUACAGACUACAAGAUAAUUGUAAUUUUCUGGGUUAGUGUCUGUGUCCUCUAUUCUGUUCCAUUGGUCUACCAGUCUGUUUUGGUGCCAACACCAUGCUGUUUUUGCUACUAUUUCUAUGUAGUAUAGUUUAAGAUCUGGUAUAGAGAUGCCACCUACUUCAGUCUAAGGAUUGUUUUAGCUAUUCUUCAUGUCUUAUGUUUCCAGAUGAAUUUCAUGAUUGCUUUUUCUAUUUGUAUGAGGAAUGCCUGGGGGAUUUUGAUGGGAAUUGCAUUAUAUCUGUAUAAUGCUUUUGGUAGUAUGGUCAUUUUGAUCAUAUUAUUUCUGCCUAUCCAAAAGCAAGUUAGAUGUUUUCAUCUUCUGAGGUCUUCUUUGAUUUCUCUCUUUAUGGUUCUGUAGUUUUCAUUGUAUAGAUCUUUUACUUCUUUCAUUAAGUUGAUUCUCAAGUAUUUUUUUUUGAUGAUAUUGUGAAUUGGGUAGUCUUUCUCAUUUCCUUCUCAGAGUCUUUGUCACUGAUAUACAGAAAUCCUUUGAUUUAUGAGUGUUGAUUUUAUGUCCUGCUACUUUGCUUAAUUCAUUUACCAGUUCUAGAAUUUUUCUGGUGGAGUUUUUUGGUUCUUCUAGAUAUAGAAUCAUAUCAUCAGCAAAUAGUGCCAAUUUAAGUUCUUCUUUUCCUAUACAUAUCCCUUUGAUUCCUUUCAUUUGUCUAAUUGCUCUGGCCAGCAUUUCAAGAACUAUGUUGAAUAGAAGUGGUGAAAGAGGGCAGCCCUGUUUUGUUCCAGUUUUUAGAGAAAAUGCUGUUAAUUUUUCUCUGUUUAGAAUGAUGUUGUCUUGAGGCUUAGCAUAGAUAGCCUUUACGAUGUUGAGAUAUGUUACUGUUAUCCCUAGUUGUUCUAGUGUCUUGAACAUAAAGCGGUGCUGUACUUUGUCAAUUUUUUUUUCUGCACCUAUUGAGAUGAUAAUAUGAUUCUUAUCUUUGGGUCUAUUGAUGUCAUAAAUUACGUUUAUAGAUUUGCAUAAGUUGAACCAAUCUUGCAUCUCUAGGAUGAAUCCCACUUAAUCAUAUUGCACAAUCUUGGUAAGCUCUGUUUUCUAUUUUAUCACUUGAUAUUGGUCUGUUUCAAUUGUGUAUGUCUUCCUGAUUCAAUCUGGGCAGAUCGUAUGACUUAAGAAAUUUGUUGGUAACUUCAAUGUCUUCUAUUAUCCUCUGUAUUUCUGUCAUAUCUGUUGUAAUAUUAUUAUUUACAUCAUGUAUACGGGUAAUUUGAGUUCUUUCUCUCUCUCUCAUUCUCUUUUUUAGCAUGGCUAAGGGUCUGUCAAUUUUAUUUAUUUUUUGAAAGAACCAACUUUUUUGUCCAUAUUGUCAACUGUUUCUUUUGUUUCCAUUUUAUUGAUUUCAGCUCUAAUUUUAAUUAUUUUUUCCCUUCUACUGCUUUUGCUGCUGGUUUGUUCCUCUUUUUUUAGGGCUGUGAGAGGUAGUGUGAGGUCAUUUAUUUGUUAACUUUUUUUUUCUUUGAAAGAAUGAACUCCAUGCAAUGAAUUUUCCUCUUAGUACUGCUUUUACAGUGUCUCAGAUUUCCAUUGGUUGUUUCUCUGUUCUUAUUUACCCCUAAGAAAUUUUCAAUCCCCUCCUUGAUUCCUUCUGCAAUGCAUUGUUUAUUCAGUAGCCUAUUUUUAGUCUCCAGUGUUGGAGAAAUUUUUACUUUUUCUUUUGUUUUUGAUUUCCAAUUCCAUUUAAUUAUGAUCUGAUGAAAUGUAUGGUAGUGUCUCUACUUUUUUAUAUUUGCUAAGAGUUGCUUUGUGGCAUAGUGUAUGGUCUAUUUUAGAGAAGGAUCCAUGUGCUACUGAGAAGAAGGUGUUUCUGUUUGAUGCAGGUUGAAAUACUCUAUAUGUGUCAGUUAAGUCUAAAUUAUUGAUUAUGUUAUUGAGUUUUAUAGUUUUUUCAUUCAAUUUUUGUUUGGAAGAUCUGUCCAGUGGUGAUAGAGGUGUAGUUAACUUCACCCAAGAUUAUUGUGUUGUGGUCAAUUUGACUCUUGAACUUGAGAAGAGUUUGUUUGAACAUAGCUGCACCAUUGUUUGGGGCAUAUAUAUUUAUGAUUGUUACAUCUUCUUGGUGUAUGGUUCCCUUGAGCAAUAUGUAAUGUCCAUCUUUAUCCCUUUUCAUUCCCUUUGACAAGUCUCCUUUAUUUGAUAUGAGUAUGAAAAACCCUGGCUUACUUGUGCAGUCCAUGUGAGUGGUAUGGUUUUUCCCUACCUUACACCUUCAGUCAGUGUAUGUCUUUUUCUAUCAGAUGAGCGUCCUGGAGGCAGCAUCUUGUUGGGUCUUUUUUUUGUUUGUUUGUUUUUAAUCCAGUCUGCUAGCUUAUGUCUUGUGAUUGGUGAGUUUAAUCCAUCAGCUUUCAGGGUUAUUAUUGAGACAUGGUUUGUAUUUCCAGCCAUAUUUGUUUAUUUUUGUUAUUUAACUUGACUUGAUUUUCUUCUUUGAUUAGUUUUUUCUUGGGGGUACUACCUUCCUCUUUUGAUUUUCAUUGUUAUUUUUCUUUUCCUCUUCAUGGAAUAUUUUUCCAAUGAUGUUUUGUAGUGCUGGUUUUCUAGCUAUACAUUCUUUUUUACUUUUGUUUAUCAUGGAAGGAAUUUAUUUCAUCUUGAAAUCUAAAGCUUACUUUUGCUGGAUUCAAGAUUCUUGCUUGGCACCCAUUUUCUUUCAGCUUGAUAGAUGUUGUUCCAGGAUCUUCUAGCUUUUCGGGUCUGUGAUGAAAAAAUCUGUCAUUAUCGCAACUGAUUUUCCCCUAUAUAUAAUCUGAUUCCUUUCUCUCAUGGCUUUUAAAAUUCUCUCCCUAUCCCGUAUGGUGAGCAUUUUUAUUAUUGUGUGCCUUGGUAUGGAUCUGUUUUGAUUUUGUACAUUUGGCAUCCUGUAGCCUCUUCAAUUUGGAUUUCCAAUCCAUUCUUCAUGUUUUGAAAGUUUUCUGAUAUUAUUUCAUUGAAUAGAUCCUUGAUUCCUUUGGUUUGGUCCUCUAUGCUUCCCUCUAUCCCAAUAACUCCCAAAUUUGGCUUUUUAUGCUAUCCCAUUUUCUUGAAUGUUCUGCUCCUGUUUCCUUACCAUUUUCACUCUAUGGUCUAUGUUCCUUUCAAGAUUAUAUAUUUUAUCUUCAUUGUCUGAUGUCCUAUCUUCCCUGUGGUCUUCUCUGUUCGUGAUGCUUUCAUUUGAGCUUUGAGUUUAGUUUAUUAUUUCUUUCAUUUCAAGAAUUUCUGUUUGUUUCUUUGCUUUAGAACCUCUGUCUCCCUGUUGAGGUGAUCUUUUACUUCUUGGAUUUGCUUAUGUAGCUGAUUAUAGAAGUGAUCUUUUACUGCUUGUCUUUGCUCUCUUAUAUCUUCUUGGAGUUCACAGGACAUUAAAACCAUGUAUAUCCUGAAAUCUUUCUGUGUCCAUUUUUCUGCUGUAGCUGCCAAUGAUUCUAAUCAUGUGUUGUCUUGAUUUGUUUGGGCACUUUCUUCCCUUGUCUUUUCAUGUUACUUGUGCGUCUUCCUUUCCAGCUCUGUGGUUCUGAGGUGCUAUUGUUUUUACCCUAUAGAUUUGUAGUGCUCUUGUAGGUUUGCAAGAUCCCUCCUUUGUGGGGAAGGACGAUGUUAACAGAUCCCAAUAUCAACAAUACCUUACGUAUAAACUAUUUGUUGUUAUAAAGACAUUUACAGUUUAGUCUCAAUGUCCAGAAAUGUUGGAUUCAAUUAUUAUUUAAAAUAUAGUCAGUAGUUUUGUUAAAAGGUUUACAGUCUCUGGUGGUGGACAAUGAACUGGGGAUCUGGCAGGAUGAUAUGUGGCUCAGAGGGAGUUCCCAUCUGCCAGCCAUGCUCACCAAAUACGGGGAGAAAGGUGAUCCAAGAUGGAGCCGGUCUGCUUCCAGCGCUGGGGUGUCCAGUGAUGUGGGGGGAGCUUGGUGAUGGCCUUGUGCUGUGGGUAGGUAGCAGCUGAGUGGCCUGUGUGGGAAUGGGGUGCAGCAUGGAGUUCUGCAGAGGGGCUGAGAGGUGUUUCUGCUGAGCCACUCAAGAGCUGCUUUUGGCUAGAGCUGCGGGCUUUGGGCCUUGAGUCCAGAGUCUUACUCGAACGCUGAGGCUCUGAGUGUAUUUUCACGCUCUCUGAAAUCCUGUAUUCCGAUGAGGUGAGACCUAGGCCACGGAACAACACAGGAUGCUGCCUGUCUCUGGCCCACCAUCUUGAAUGUCCCCCCUUCUGGUCUUGACACGAUAUGGUACCCUUUCAACUGUCAAGGCCUCUUUAAACAGCACGGAAGACCUCAAACUGGAGAAAAGCCUUGUAUGUAGAAAUGUGGUAAGACAUUCCUUGUUUCAGAUCUAGUUGGACUUGUUCAGAUUUGAGGGAAUAUUUUGUAUUAUUUUAUUAUUAUUAUUAUUAUUAUUUCAACCCAGAGGUGCUGAACCACUGAGACACAUCCUAGUCUUUUUUAUUUUAUUUUUAUUUUUUUUCCAAUUUUGAGACAUGGUCUCACUUGGUUGCUUAGGUCCUAAGUGGCUGAGGCUGGCUUUGAACUUGUGAUCCUGCUGCCUCAGCCUGAUGUAGUCUUCGCUGCCUUCAGCAACCAUGCUCUUUUGAGAAAACAACUGUGGGAGAUUGAAAAGUGUAUGUGCCUUCAUUCUGGCUAUUCACAGGUGACAAAAAUGCACCCUAGAGUGGAUGUAAGGAUGGCAUCAGUGUGAAGAUGUGAAAGCAAGGUUAAAUCUCUGUUAUUGUUAAAUUCAACUUUUUUUUUUUUUGUAUUUUAAGUUCUUUGCAUCUUUUGAUAUAACAUAAUCUUAUAUAUACUGUGCAUUUUUGUGUGUGCAAAAAUGUUAGUUGCAUUGACUUUUAGUCUCAGCAUUUAAAUACUUUUUUAGAGUUUUUAUCUCUCUCCUUCCAUUAAGUACAUUUUCUCUUAUAGUGU